AUGGUAAAGGCCCCUAUGUUAGGAUUGCCCAAUUUCUCCAAACCUUUUACUGUGGAAGUGGAUGCUAGUGGAGUAGGCGUGGCAGCAGUCCUGACGCAAAAUGGAAGACAUUUGGCAUACUUGAGCCAAGCCUUAAGCCCAAAAAAUCUGGGCUUGUCAACAUAUGAGAAGGAGUUAGUGGCCUUGCUGAUUGGAAAGGACACCAUUCUAGUGGUAGUAGACAAGUACACUAAGUAUGCUCAUUUCAUCACACUAUCACAUCCCUACAAUGCAAUUCAAGUAGCUCAGCUAUUCCUAGACAAUGUGUUUAAACUACAUGGAGCUCCUUGUUCUGUGGUAUCAGAUAGAGAUCCCAUUUUUGUCAGCAAUUUUUGGAAGGAGCUACUCAAAGGACUACAAGUGCAGCAAAAGCUAAGUACAGCUUACCAUCCUCAAAUGGAUGGGCAAUCCAAAAGACUAAAUAGAUGCUUGGAGACGCAACUGGUGAGCAAAAUCCUACAAGACAAUUUGCACAAGGCUAAAAAUAGGAUGAAACAGUUCGCAGAUAAGAAAAGAAGUGACAGAGUGUUUGAAGUAGGGGAUUUCGUAUUUCUCAAACUACAACCUUACCGUCAGAUCUCAGUGAUGGUUAGGAAGAACUUGAAACUCGCAGUAAAGUAUUAUGGACAAUACAAAGUAAUUAGUAGAAUUGGGGCUGUGGCAUAUGAACUCGAGCUACCUGUUGGAUCCAAAAUUCAUCCAGUCUUCCAUGUUUCACAACUGAAGAAAAAGGUGGGAUCAGGCGUGUUUCCAUCUCAAGAUCCACCUUAUUGCAACGAUGAAGGGCAGAUCCUUACAGAACCAAUCGCAAUUCUAGAGCGCAGAUUAGUGAAGAAAGGAAACAAGGCAGUUGUUGAAGUUUUACUCCAGUGGGCUGAUCUUUCCAAAUAUGAAGCAACUUGGGAGGAUUUCUCCUUCCUCAAAUCUCAGUUUCCUAAUUUUGCAGUGAAAGAUUGA